GACUGCCUGAGAUUGAACCCAAUCAAAGUAACUCAAAAAGUGCUAGGCUAUAGUCUGUGCACAUUCAGCCUGCAUUUCUCUCCCUCUGUCGACUGUAUCUCCCUCCCCCGCAUGGUCAACAGGGCGGGCGCAUCUCAACUCGCCGAACAUGCAACUUUUUUGAAAGAAGAAAUUUGACUGUUGACCGAUUCCCCAUCCCAUCCACAUACUCUCUAGCGCAGGAACAAAACGACCUGGGAUCGAGGACGCAACUUAUCUGGUGCGCAUCCAGAUUGCUCUCAUCUGGGUCUGCCAUUUGCAAACCGCGCGCAACGCGCUCAGCAUUUCAGCCUCUUGUUCCAAGGCUAAUUUAGGACACCGCUUUGAACCCUGUGCCGUGUUGGGGUGAGUUGAAUGUGUAGCAGCAGCACACUACAAAGUCUGAUAUAGUUUAGUUACUAAAUGCGCAUAUUUCAUCAUUAAACAUAUUUUAUUUAUGAAUUCAUCAAGACCGUUUGUUCUAACCGGGAUUUAAAGUUAUGGAUUCAACGGAGGAUAACGGGGAGAGCAAGGCAGCGCUCCGUCCAUGCGCGCCCAGGUCUCUUCUCCUGCGCUGUCUGGUCGGUUUCCCUACUGUGGUGUGUUUCAUGUUGUCCCUGAGUUCCAUAGCCGUCUGCCUGAUCAUGAGCUUCAAGACUUACCAACUGGAGAACCGACUGCAUACGCUGGAGAUGGAGAAAAACACAGUGUUUAACCCGCCGGAGAGCGCCUUCACGCGCGAGGAUGGGACUGUACUACCGGCACUAAGGAGUUCUAUCGAGACGCUCCUGCAAGAGAGACUGAGUGAAGUGAUGCCCAAACUGCGCACGGCAAGGGAUGUCCCCCAAGAUUGUUCCUGCCCACCAGGUCCUCCUGGAAAGCGUGGAAGGAUGGGAAGAAGAGGUGAUCCCGGAGCUCCAGGCAAGACGGGGAGAGAUGGAUACCCGGGCCCGCUUGGAUUGGAUGGCAAACCAGGUCUCCCGGGUCCUAAAGGAAGUCAGGGACCAGCCGGACUCAAGGGAGAUAAGGGUGACCAAGGAGACAUUGGGCCCAGGAUGGUCUUUCCCCGCUAUGACCAUGGCUUUAUGUCUGGUGACCAGUCCAACUUUCAGAGACGCUUGAUGAAGGGUGACCAGGGGUCAGCUGGCCCUCCAGGCCCCCCCGGACCCCCAGGGUCCCCUGGCCCCAGAGGCCCUCCUGGGAACACAGGCAAGGACGGGCCCCGCGGACCCGCUGGAGAACAGGGUUUCCCUGGUCACGAUGGUACGGAGGGACAAGCAGGUUUACCUGGAAAGCCGGGUGAAGAUGGCGAGCCAGGAUACCCAGGACCACAGGGACCCCCAGGGUCAAAGGGGGAGGCUGGUUUGCUGGGAGAGAAGGGUGAGAGGGGCAUGGACGGACUCCCAGGGUUUAAGGGAGACAAAGGAGAUAUCGGAGAGCAAGGCGCCCAGGGAGACUUGGGUUAUCCUGGUGAGAAGGGGGUUCCCGGCUCUACUGAGGUCAUUGACUUCAAUGGGAAGCUACUAGAAGCCUUCCAGGCCAUCCAGACCAUCAGUGUCAGGGGCCCACCAGGUUUACCGGGUCCUCCGGGACCCCCAGGGGGAAAGGGAGAGCUAGGCUUGCCUGGGACAUCUGGACUGGAUGGGGAGAAGGGUCCGAAGGGAGAUAUGGGGGAGACGGGGUCCAUCGGCGAGAAGGGAGAGAAAGGAGAGAUGGGUCUCUCUGGGCCAGGGGGGAUGGAUGGACAGAAGGGGGAGAAGGGAGACUCCAUUCUGGAAGAUAACCUGGUUCAGAUGAUUUCUCAGCCGGGCCCCCCCGGCCCCCCAGGACCCCCUGGACCUACAGGGUUCAUGGGUCAUCAUGGAACACCUGGCCCUAAGGGAGAGCCUGGAGACAGAGCUAAAGGGGAGAAGGGAGACAUCGGACCUGCUGGACUGAGGGGUAUUGAUGGCCCUCAGGGUCCCCCAGGCUCCACAGGAUUGGUGGGUCUCCCAGGCACCAAAGGAGAGAAGGGAAAGUCUGGGGAGCCUGGAAUGGAUGGUUUCCCAGGCCUGAUUGGAGAGAAGGGAGACCGGGGAGACAGAGGAGACAAGGGUGACCGGGGGACAGUGGGGAAGAGAGGUCUGAAGGGCGGUAAGGGGGAGCAGGGUCCUCCUGGACUGGACCAGCCCUGUCCUGUGGGUUCUAAUGGGACUAAAGGACUUUCUGAUGAGGGGGCACAGUCCAUCCCUCCUCCUGCUCCUCUUCCUCCUUCUGGCCCCGAGGCCCCCUGUCCUUUGGGGCAGGAUGGACUGCCCAUACCAGGAUGUUGGCACAAGGAGGAGAAGGAGGAGGAGAGGAGGAGACAGAAGCUCAAACGCAAGCGUCUCGCUCUCUCUAAGCCCAGAGGGGAGAGCAGGCCUGGAGGACAGAGGGAAGACGCGGGAGAGACAGACAGACAUGGAAGCACAGAGGACAGACAACCUCUAUUGAGAGAGUCAUGAAACGGUUCCGUGCAAUUCAGUUCAAUUCAUAAUACUGAGAUCCUGCAUUAUGGAAAAACACCAGGAGGGGGCGACACAGAACACUACAUUUCCACUUACACCUGAAGAGGGCUCUCACCCAUUGGCUGUUGUAGUUUUUUACCACACUCACAGUUGGUUCUGGGCUACAGAUGCAAGGAUUUACCUAUGAUGACACAAUAAUAAUAAUAAUAAUAAUAAUAAUAAUAAUAUAUGAUGUCUGUGGAUUCACCCGACGGAUAUGAUGAAAGUGUUUUUAUGAUAUGGUGUAUGGCGAUUUAAUUUGUUGCUCUUCUUUACUUUAGUGUUUCCAUUUAAUAAAGUGCAUGAUCAACACUAGUCACAUCAUCAUAUACAGUAGCUUCACCCAUACCAGCACACUAAGGCAAUAAGUUACUGAGGUAUUUACUUUGCACAGAACAAUCUCUAACAGUCUUUCCAUGUAAAAUGCCACAAGGCAUCAGUUUUUUAUGCAGAUGUUUUUUGUGUGUGGCUUACACUACUGGGAGUGAUGACAAGUGUGAUGUUUUAUUUGAUUUUAUUCUAGUUCAGUUACAUUUGCAUUCCUGUGCAUGGACGUGUUUGUAUAAUAUACAGAUACAUACUAAGUUCAUUGUGUUAAAUUCAAAGUCAGAACUGAAGGAGCCAUGUGCAGUAUUCACAAAUAUGUAGUAAUCCAUCAAUGAAGUUGAAUAUGAAGUUCAUUUGAACAUUAAGUAAUUUUGUGAUUUUAUUUGGCUUUCAUCAGAUGCCAAUUAGAAAUAUCACAUCAGUAUUUUCUGACAGUGUUGACAGUACAGUAUUGAAGAUGUAUAUUGAAGUAUUAUCACUUAACCUUAGCUAAAGACACAUUUCGAUGAAAUACUGUUUUCUCAACAACAGUAUGAAUUCUUGCUGCUGACUUAAAAUUGUUUGUUUGUCUUAACCAAUGAGUUUAGUCAUAUAAGACUAGAGUUCACAGACUGAAGUACAAUAAUGUACCCAAAGUCAUUAAUUUAAUAAUAGUUAUAUUCAUUGGUCCACAUUGACACACCAUGACAAAAAGGUCAUAAUUGUCGGUUGGUUUAACUAAACCUACUUGUUUGUUUUUAUACAUUAUCACAUCAUGAAUUAUCUUUUUUCAUUUAUUCUGAUUUACAUUUUUCUUUCUGACUUCAUCGAUUGUCUUUUGGAGAUUUAUCUAAUUGGUGCUCGAUCACUCUUUCUAACUUUAUGGAUGGUCUUUUGGAGAUCUAUCUUCAUGGUGCUCGAUCACUCUGUGUUUCUGUGUUUCUCAAGUAUUCCUGUAGGGUCCACACACACACACACAUACACACACACACACACACACCUCAAUUUCAAUAUCAAGAGCACAUGACAGAUAUAAGUAACUUGCUUGUGAGUUUCACUAUACCACAUUUAUGCUAUUAAAUGAAUGCCCCUGGAAUAUAAUAAACAACUGGUUCAUUAUAUUGUACUUUAUUAAUGUACCAUUUUCAGUAUUUUUAUUCACAAAGUGUUAUAUUUGAAACUGGGAUGUAGUGCACAAUCAUAUUGGUUGUUUUCUUCAUCCCUCUCAUUUAAAGGCCCAGUGCAGUCACUGUGAAAGUGUGAAAAAUUGGAUCAGUGUUUUUUCUUGAUAGUUGCUGGUUGAAAAGACAAUCUACACAGGACCUUCUAAUCAGCAGGUUUGCGGAAGGUUGGUAAAUUGGUUAAUAGACCAAUACAAAGUAGAGUUUCAAACCUCUCCCCAUUUUAAUUAAAAUCUAUUACAGUAAGGUACUUAAUUGUUACCAAGAAAUUAUUUGAUAUUGAUUAAAACGUCUGCAUUGGGCCUUUGAUGUUGGACUUAUGCAGCAAUGUGUGUGAUACUCUACCUUGACAAACUGAUGUUUCUCUGCAAUAUUACAGGUUUAUUUCUUUGGCAGAUAUCCUCAGUUUCUCAUUUUUUAAGGAAUAAUUGCCAACCAUUGGUGACACAAUGUCUGAGUACAGUUUAGCGUGUUUUAUAAAAAAAAUAUUACAGUAUUAGGUCGAUUUUGUGAGUUUGUUUAUUUGGUUGUGUAUUUUGGUUGUAAAAUAAUUAAGCUAUUUUUGUAACUGCUAUCUUUAUCUCUGUAUAAUGUAAAAUCUAGUCAACUCAACAUGUAGACUGAAAUAAACUCCAUAAAAUAUACUGUUA